GACAUGAUGGUCACCUGGCAGCUUCUGAGGUUCCCUGGUCCCACGGCUGCAUAAUCCUUCCAAGCGUUGAAUUUCUGCCACCUCCUCGACCACCUCCGUUGUUGCAGUAAAGCAGCUGUCUAACAGGGGUUUGUCCUUCUGUCGGGUCCCACUUUGGUGCACAGGAUAUUUCAGGAACGUCUGCAGGGGAUUUCAUCACAUCUGGCACAAAUGUCCACUUGGACAGGAGGAGGAGACACUGAUUUGGGGUCAAAGGUCAAGCGCUCACUGGACGCUGCAUUCGCCCGCUCAAACACCAACAUCCGCCCUCUUCUCUCUCAUUGGCCGCAAUCUGGACAGCCCUCCUCUGCCAGGACCAAUAGCAGAUCCGCCAUAUGCCUCGGAGCCACACCCCCUUGCUCUUAUAGAACCCCCCGUGUCUUCAAUGAAGACUCAAUCCUUCCUCCCCUUCUCCUGCCGUGUGGGCUUCCUCUCUCUCUCUCUCCCUUUCUCUCUUCUUCUACUGCAUCCACCCAUCUUCACCCUCUCCAUCAUCUUCCUCUCCUGCAGCCUCGGUGGCUGGCGUUUUCCGGGUCACACGGGGGGAGGGUGGGGUUACCAACACCCCAGGAAGACUUGAGCGACAUUUAGUGCAAGAUGAUGUGGAGACUCGGGAAGUGAGCUACUUCUCAUCCAACCUUUUCCAAAAGCUUUUUUUUCCCCCUCCCCAGUCUUUUCUCCUUCAACAUCUGGAAUGCUUAACGUGGACUGAUGGAUGUUUCCGAACUGUGCAUCCCUGACGCGCUCUGCUACCAUAACCAGCUGCUGACUAGAAUGCCCUCUGAGGACCGACACCUGUCCUCCAGCUGUGGUUCCUACGUCAAAACCGAGCCCUCCAGUCCAUCGUCCUCGCUAGUGGACACCGGCAGUCACCACAGUCCCAGCGGCAACUCGGACGCCAGCGGCGGCUACAUCAACGGCGGCGGCAGCGUACGCUCACACGUCCUGGACUCGCCGCCCAUGUUCAACCCGAGCAUCCACGGCGGUGGGGCCGCCUGUUUACGCCGCUACGACGACUGCUCCGGCGGACUGGCGGACGAGUCGCCCAUCAAGUGCGAGUACAUGCUCAACGCUAUUCCCAAGAGGCUUUGUCUGGUGUGCGGCGACAUCGCGUCAGGGUACCACUACGGCGUGGCCUCCUGUGAAGCCUGCAAGGCCUUUUUCAAAAGGACGAUACAAGGUAAUAUCGAGUACAGCUGCCCGGCGACUAACGAAUGCGAGAUCACCAAAAGGAGACGCAAGUCCUGCCAGGCGUGUCGCUUCAUGAAAUGUCUGAAAGUUGGCAUGUUGAAAGAAGGUGUUCGUCUGGACCGAGUGAGAGGGGGACGGCAGAAGUACAAACGGCGGAUGGACGCGGAGAAUGGUGCCUACCUCGGCCUCACCAUCCCACCCCCAGCCAAAAAGCCUUUGACCAAGAUCGUGUCCCAUCUUUUGGUGGUGGAGCCCGAGAAGAUCUACGCAAUGCCCGACCCCACCAUGCCCGACAGCGACAUCAAGGCUUUGACCACGCUGUGUGACUUGGCCGACCGCGAGCUUGUGGUCAUCAUCGGCUGGGCUAAACAUAUCCCAGGGUUCUCCACCCUGUCCCUGGCCGACCAGAUGAGCCUCCUCCAGAGCGCCUGGAUGGAGAUCCUGGUGCUAAGUAUCGUCUUUCGCUCGCUGCCCUGCGAGGACGAGAUCGUCUACGCCGAGGACUACGUGGUGGACGAGGAACAGGCGAGGAGCUCGGGCCUGCUGGACCUGCACAUCGCCAUCCUGCCGCUGGUGCGACGCUACAAGAAGCUGCGCGUUGACAAGGAGGAGUUUGUCACGCUCAAAGCCAUCGCGCUCGCCAACUCAGACUCCAUGCACAUAGAGAACAUCGAAGCCGUCCAGAGGCUCCAAGAUUCCCUCCACGAGGCCCUGCAGGACUUUGAGGCCUCCCAGCACCCGGAGGACACCCGGCGGGCGGGCAAGCUGCUCAUGACGCUGCCUCUCCUCCGUCAGACGGCCACCAAAGCGGUGCAGCAUUUCUACAGCAUCAAAAUGCAGGGCAAAGUCCCCAUGCACAAACUCUUCCUGGAGAUGCUGGAGGCCAAGGCUUGACACUGCAUGGUACAGGUUUGACAGACAGCUGCACCAGCCAAUAGGAGGCCAGGGACGUGAUCCAUUAUGAACAUAUAUAUAUAUAGAUACUGUAUGUGCCAACUGAUUGGGAGCUCGGAAAGACAUUUUGACGGCUGUGAAGUGAAUAUCAACAUGAUCAUGUAUAUGAAAUGUACAGAAAGGAGGCAAGGGAGGCCUUGUUAUGUAACCACAGGCCAGCUUCUCUUUCAUGAUUUCAUGAUUUGAUGAUAAAUGUCCUAACAGCUCCGUAGCCACAUGCUGUCAUUUUAUACUUUCUAAUCUCAACAAUAGUCCACUACUACUGUGUGUAUAUAUAAUACUUGUGCUGUAUAUUGUCUCAAUAUUUACCUCCUCCUAGCGUCCUCAAUUCUGGUCGGGCUCGGUGCUGGCAGCAGGUGGUUUGGCCGGAGAUCAGUUUGCACUAUGAGCACCCCCGUAAAAAUGUGCAAUAAUGUACAUAUAUGACAACAAUAACAGCCUUUCUAGCCAUUAUAAUCCUAAUAGGCCCUGCUAAUAUGACCUCUGCAAUAAAUCUCAUGUUGUAAUGCCCUAUCACGUUGCGUUAUGAUGUAGUUAUGGUGUAGCAUACAGCUUGUUUUGCUAACAUGCACUUCCUGCAGGGUUUAUGCCAAAGUAUUAUUAGUGCAAAAUGUAUGGAAAUCCGUUUAUGCUACUGAAAU